AUGUACCGUAGGAUCAAGUACUGUUUUAAAUUUGUUGAUAAAUUCUUCUUUAGGGAAAAUAAAUCGGAUGAAUUGUAUAACGAUGUGUAUGAGCAUGCAAUUGGGUCCCCAUUAAAUCCAAUUAAGAUCCCUUACAACACGGAUGUCAUUUACGAGGAGCCGUAUGAGGUAAAAAUUAAGUUUCCAUUAAAUACAUAGUGGAUAUUGUGUCUAAUUUAUGAGCUGUGUUCGGCAUGCACUCUUGUAAAUAGUUUUUCUUUGUUUCUAUAGGUAUUUUCUUGUAAUAUAUAUAUAUACCCAGUUAAGUACCCAUAAUGUAGAAUAAUGAAUAAAAAAAAUACUCGAACUCUAAAGUUUGUAAACCAGGAAGGUGUUUCUUUUCCAACAAACUAAAAAUGGCUUCAAUCAAAAUUUAAAAGCCUCAAUCGUAUUUUGAGUUAAUGAAUGGAAAAUUUGUUGGGUUUUUAAUUACUGUAAAAAAUUUCAGACAAUUUUCUUCAGUUUUAGCCAUUCAACUAAUCAUUUUUCCCUAAAAUAUCAGCCUUUUGUAUGCUUAAUUAAUGCGUUUACCUAAUUUGCAUAUUGCGGCAAUAUGCAAAUUAGGUGAAGGCAUUAAUUAAGAAUGCAAAAGGCUGAUAUUUUAGGAAAAAAUGUAAGUUUGCGUGAGUUCUUAAAGGGCUUUAACUGAAGAAAAUGAUCUGAAAUUUCGUGCAGCGAUUAAACACCCAACACGUUUUUCACCCAUUAACUCAAAAUACGAUUAAAGCUUUUAAAUCUCGUGCGCAAGGCAUUUUUAGUUUGUUGAAAAAGACACACACACCAGAAAUGUUUUCAUUAUUCUACAUUAACCCAAAGAAGCUAUAUAAACUGAGUACUAAUAUAGCUAUCUUGCGAAAUUGGGAGCAAUUUCAAAUUUGUUCAUUUUUUUAUACACCCUGAAUACAUAUAGCUGCGCAUUAACUGCAGAAUGCAAGCUUUUUGACAGUCAACGCAUUCUUACGCUUAUUAUUGCAUUUUUCGAUUUUGGUCCUAUUAUAUGAUUUUUUGUUUAGGGAACACAACAAGUGGCUGUGUCCGGUUCUAAUAAUCUUUAUGCUGCUCUUAAACCGCACAGGUAAUUAUAUAGAAAUAAAAUUUUAACAUAUACCUAGCAAUGAAACGAAUGAGUGUUUUGGCAAUUCUAUAAGAAUGAUUGAAAUACCAAGAUAAGAAAUACUAUAAGAUAAGAAAUAAUUUUAUUCACAUAGAAAAGCAAAUUUGCCUGUUGUUUUAAGAAUGCAGAAUUUGGCUUCCAUCUUCACAUAUGGCAUGCAGGCUUUGAAAUUUUGACUAUAUGUGUAUAUGGGUCACUUGAAGUUAAACACACACAUCUAUAUUAUAAUUUAUUAUAAAGAAUUUAAAUGAAACGUACUAGAAAUAAGAUCAUGCAGUUGACCAACAUCGAACGAUAUACAGUACAGUAUACGAUGGGAAAUUAUACUACAGAUUGCUCUGUAAAUAAGACAAAUUUUUCAAUUUCGUUGUUUUUUAAAGUUUAUCUAAGUCAGGGGAUCAAAGAAACCGUGAAGUCUCAUAUAGCCGCUAUGACAAACAUACUCAAUAUUUAGAAUUAAAAAAUAGCCAACUUUACUUUCAACUGUAACAAUAUAGUAACUGUAUAUAUUCCCAUAUCAUUCAGGUUUGAUGAAUACUUAACGAUUUUCUAUUGGUAUCUAGACAAUGUUUUUCAAUAACGAUUCAUCAUGAGUGCUCUGGUUAAUUUACCGGGGAAUUAAACACGCUGUAUCAAGAAAAGGCGCCGUGUUUUUAAUGUAACUAAUGCGCAUUCCAUUACUGAAAUAAACGAGCCAAAUGUCAGACACAGAGCACAAGAGAAUGUCUUUGAGUAUUUAGCUGUACGUGUCAUAUUCUGCAGAGAAACAACUAUAUAAACAGUUAUUAUUAAAUCACAUUUCAAAUUGCUAUACAUGCAAGCAUGCAUAAGCAUGCAUCCUAAACUAAAGCUGGAAUUUGCAACAUUUGACUCAAGCUUUGCCUUGGCAUUGGAUUACAUUGUCUUGUAUCACAGGGAGCUCAACUACUGUCAGUAAAAGUAUAAAAUAAUCAAUAUAAUAAACUUACUUUAAAACUUGUUUGCAUAUAUUCUUUGCAACAACAUCGAAUAUUAAUAGAGAAAGAGCAAAACAUUAUCUAUAUGCAUGACAAGGCAUUUUUUAAUACCAUGGACUGGUGGGGCAUUUACCCCACUGGGCCCCUUCCUUUGCCCCACCACUGAAGAAAAAAAAUGGCCUAUUGCCCCAAAGUCAGAGCCCUAUGACCUGUAUUGAGUAAAUGAGUUUAACAUUGAAAUUGAGAAGUCUAAAAAACAAAAUUUGUUGGUGAGCAUACUUGAACUUAUGUUGUGUUUGAAUGUUUAGCAUGAAAUUUAUUAAUUUCAUUACAACUUUGUUUUGAGAAGCUGAGAUUUUUUUAAAAUGUGUUCUCAGAAUGCAGGAAAUGAUAUUUCAGAGACCCAUAUUUUAAAAAUUUCCAGGGGUACAUGCCCCUAAACCCCCCUAGCUAACUCGGGCCUGCGGUACUCGGCUCGCACCUUCGGCGAUCGCAUACUGUCUUGGGGGGAGGACAGGGAAAAUGGGCCCUUUGGAAGUUUUGCCCCACCACCGAAGAAUCCUUAAAAAGUGCACUGAUGCAUUAAGUACUAGCGAAACCUCGCAGGUAAGUAAUGCGGGCACGUAUGAGAUAGUAGCAUAAUUAAUAUAAUACAUCAAUUAAUAGGAAGGGCUGAAACACCGGUGACAUGAUUGUUCGAUGUUUACCAAGAGUAGCCUAUCCACUCGGAGAUUUCCGAUCGCAGUUUAGAAAUGCAUUUCAAAGCUUUUUGAUUUUAUAGAGCAACUUCUGAUUAUUUACGUUUGUAAAAACUUGAAACUAUAGUGUAUACCGGCGCCAAUAAAUCACUUAUUUUUCGAAAUCUGAAUGCAAAUCCUAGCGAGUGCCGGACUUCAUCCGACUGGAUAGGCUGCUCUUGGUAGACAUAUCGCGAAAAUUGCGAAGAAAACCUGCUGUUAAAAAUAAUUUAGGGAAAGGUUUAUCUAUGUUAUUUUUUCACUAGAUAUCUUUGCUCGUCUAAGAGAAUGCUAAAUACGAUGUAAAAUAAUCCAAUGAUGUCGAAACGGUUAGAUUAGAAGCAUUUUAAAAAAUCACGUGACCGAUGUUUCAGCCCUUCCUAUUAAUUUAUCUAUUAUAUGAAUUUUGUUAUUACCUAUCAUACGCGCCCGCAUUACUUACCUGUGAAGUUUUGAAUGUACUUCAUAUAGACCGUUUUUUGCUCUUUCUCUAUUCGAUGUUGUUGCAAAGAAUAUAUGCAAAUUAGUUUUAAUGUAAGUUUAUUAUGUUGAUUAUUUUAUACUUGUUACUGACAGUAGUUAAACCCUCUGUGAUUGUAUAUCAAAAAAUCUUGGCCUGAUAAAUCAUGAAGCCUUAAAGCCUUGGCAUGAUAAAUCAUGAAGCCACUGAAUAAAACUUGUUUUUAUAGACAAGUGCAUGCGGCUGUAUAUCGAUAUGACGUUUAAGUUAUGGAUUUUCAAUUUCAUAUUGGACUUUGUAUCGUCUCCCUUGCAGUUAAUGUUUGUUGUUCUUGGGAACGAACGAAACAAUGAGCGCAUGAGAAGAAGACAAGACCUUAUGAUGUUAUCAUGUUGUCCCGGCGUAUAUGCACUUGUCUAUAUAUAUAUAUAUAUAUAUAACCUCAGAACAGCUGGUCGGGAUAGAGUUUUGAUAUCAUGCAUGCGCUAUGCUUUCUUUUCACCUUCCUGGGAAUUUUAAAAUUUUCCCAUGGAAAAGUUCCGGACCAUUUAAAGAUACCCUACUACGUACCUUUCAAAAUCGUCAAAAGAAAUUCAUAUAAUAUUUCGUUUUACGUUUGCUUGCAAUUGUCUGUAAAAGGUAAUAGUUCUGACAAUUCAACGCUCAUUCAAUAGUAUAUCUUCUGUUUUAGUGAAAGAACAGAAGAGAACAAAUAUCAAAGUUUAAUUGAUGUAAGUCCUCAUUCGGCGUCCAAAAAUGAUUCUAACUUCAACGUGGUAACCAUAGAGGAAGUAAUUGAACCAGUUAGCGAAGGAAAUGCAGGAAGUUCUGAGACGACGGAUCGAAAUUGUGAGAUGGAAGUCUCUGUAGGCAUGGGUAGACCAGGUUAUGUUGAAAGACUUCGUGAAUCUUUCCUGCGAAAGACUUAUAAUUAAAUUUAGAUAAACACAAAUUAAUG